UGCCAAAUUUCAAUAUUCUAGAGGAUAACAUAGUCGAAGUGGAAGAUCGAGUAAAGGGGAUGGUUAAAAGUGUAUGUGUGGCCUCCAAUCAAUUCAUCGAAUAAUAAAGGCGUUCAUUUUUUUGUAGUUUUAUGACAGGUUUUAUGUAAGAGUGGGUGUAUCUGAGAUUUUACUUAUUCAGCGUCGUUGGUUCCUUGUAGAAAGAACAGCCGCCUCGCGCCGGAAAUGAUGAAAAUAUCUGCUUCUUCUUCAGAACUCGUUUUAGUUUUUGCUGGUUGAGUUUGUGUCCAGAAACACAAAGAGAUUGUACAGAAGGAGAAAAGGGGAAGAAAUGAAGAAGAGAAGGGGAAAAAAACCUUUUCGAUCUUCUUCAUAAAAGUUCGGGUGGGAAACAGUUAUUCGGCUUUCUUUCUUUACAAGAUCUCCGUAACCCACCACGGUCUUACUGAAAACGAAGCACUGAUCAGAAGCCAACUUCUAGCAUCCAGUUCAAUCUUCUCAAUUCUCUAGGGCAUUGUAUCAAUUCCAUUUUGUUUUGUGGCCGGCCACGUCCCCUUCAUAUCAGAAGAACACCACAGUCAGUCACCACCAUGGCCAGAGCAGAGUUUUUCGUGGGCGAGAUCGCAAACGAACUCUUAGACCAGCUCAGAACAAUAUCUCGACAAGCCUUUUUCUGUAAAUCCAGUGCGGAUCAGCUCAAAGAAACCAUAGAUGAACUCCUCCCUAUCAUCCAAGAAAUCAAAUGCUCUGGCGUUGAACUUCCUAGUUUUCGCCAGGCACAGCUCGACGGCCUGUCCAAGACUCUUCGAGAUGGUUUAGACCUCUGUAAAGAGGUUCUGAAAGCAAACCGUUGGAAUGCGUACAAGAACGUGCAAUUGGCUCGGAAGAUGGAUAAAUUGGAGAAGAAAAUUUCAGGAUUCUUCUUCGGCAUCAUACAAGCACAUGUCUUGGCUGAUGUUCAUCGCGCCAGCUAUCAAACGACGGAGAGGUUUGAUCGGCUGGAGCGUUCGACAAGAAGGAUUGAACAGCGACUUGAGUCGAUGAAAACUGGUGUGGCAGCUGGAGGGUGGGUUGAGCACGCCAUGAUUAAAGUGGAAAUGGAAGAGAAGAGAGCUGAGGAGGGUAAUUUUGGGAAUUUUAUAGGCGUGGGAAUUGCUUUAGGGAAAAAGAAAGUGAAGGAAAUGAUAAUUGGACGGGAGGAUUGGAGCGUUGUAGGGAUUUUGGGCAUUGGUGGCUCUGGGAAGACCACUCUUGCUACUGAGGUCUGCAGAGAUUUUCAAGUCACGAGCUACUUCAACAACAGAAUUUUGUUCCUUACUGUAUCAAAAUCUCCAAAUGUGGAGCUGUUGAAGACAAAGGUUUGGUCUUUCGUAUCUGGAUGUGAUGUUGAAUCAAAUGUUUUAGUUCCUCCAUGGAAUCUACAAGUACCUUGGAAUGUAGGAUCUCGUUGUUUGGUGGUGUUAGAUGAUGUGUGGUCAUUAGCAGUGCUUCAACAGCUUACUUGUAGGCUUCCUGGUUGCAAAACACUUGUGGUUUCCCGUACCAAGUUUUCAACGGCUCUCGAUGCUGUCUAUGAAGUAGAGUUGUUGAGAGAAGAUGAAUCAAUAUCCUUGUUCUGCCACGCUGCUUUUGGACAAAAGACCAUUCCUCCAGCUGCAAAUGAGAACUUGGUCAAGGAGAUUGUAAAAGAGUGUGGAGGGCUGCCUCUGGCUCUUAAAGUUAUUGGAGCAUCACUGAAAGAUCGGCCUGAAAAAUAUUGGGCAAGUGCCCAAAAAAGGUUAUCACGAGGACAGCCUAUUUGCGAGUCUCAUGAAAUCAACUUGCUUUAUCGGAUGGCCAUAAGUGUUGAAGACUUGUCAGAGAAGGUUAAGGAAUGCUUCCUGGAUUUGGGAUCCUUUCCUGAAGACAGAAAGAUUCCAAUGGAGGUGCUUAUCAAUACCUGGGUUGAGAUCCAUGACAUUGAUGAGGACGAUGCUUUUGCCAUCAUUAUGGAGCUUUGUGAUAGAAACCUUCUCAGCCUAGUUAAAGAUUCAAGAGCUAUAGACAUGUAUAGUGCUUACUAUGAGAUGUAUGUCACUCAACAUGACGUUCUUAGAGAUCUUGCUCUCCAUUUGAAUGAUCGGGACAAGAUAAAUGACCGCAAGCGAUUACUUAUGCCUAGAAGAGACGCAGAGCUUCCAAAAGAAUGGGAGCGGAAUGUCAAUGUGCCAUUCAAUGCUUGGAUUGUUUCCAUUCAUACAGGAGAAAUGAGAAAAAUGGAUUGGCUUGGCAUGGAAUUCCCCAAGACAGAAGUGCUACUCCUCAACUUCUCUUCCAAGGAGUACUUCUUGCCUUCCUUCAUCAGGAGCAUGAAAAAGCUUAGGGCGCUAACAAUGAUAAACCAUAGUUCCUCCCCUGCUACCCUUGGCAACUUUGCAGUUUGUUCGAAUUUAGCUACCCUUAGAAGCCUUUGGCUUGAAAGACUUUCAAUUUCUCAAUUAGCAGAGGCAACUAUUUGCCUAAGAAAUUUGCGGAAACUAUCUUUAGUUCUCUGCAAAAUUAAUGGCCUUCUUGAUCAGCCAAUGAUAGACCUGCCGAAGAUGUUCCCUCAUCUCUUGGAGUUCACAAUCGAUCACUGUCAUGAUCUAAUAAAGCUGCCCCCCAGCAUUUGUCGAUUGCAGUCACUCAGGAGUUUAAGUAUCACUAACUGCCACAGUUUACUCGAAUUGCCAGCUGACAUUGGCAAGCUGAAAUCUUUACAAUUUAUGCGGCUCUAUGCAAGCCUUGUUCUUAAGACUCUCCCAACUGGGAUUUCUGAGCUGGUCUGCUUGAAAUACCUCAACAUUUCUCAAUGUGUCAGCUUAACUUGUCUUCCUCAAGGGAUUGGUCAUUUAGCAAUGCUGGAAAAAAUCGACAUGAGGGAGUGUUCACACAUAGGGAGUCUACCUAAGUCUGCUGCCUCAUUGAAGGCUUUACGUCAAGUAAUUUGUGAUGAUGAUGUUGCUUUCCUGUGGAAGGAUAUGAAGAAGACCAUACCAGGACUUAAUGUUCAGGUUCCUGAGAAAAAAUUUAGUCUGGACUGGCUUAAUGAAUGAACCGUAGCAAUGUUAUGUGAUUAGGGAUUCUCAAUCAUGCGCUUUCAUAUCAUCUGUAUACUUUACUUUUGUCUUUUUAUGACUGUAACUUCUGAUAAAUAAUAUUUAGUUUAACAAUGAAAUGAAGCACGGUUAGUUGAUCUAGUAA